GAGAUUGCGCAUGUGUGUAGCAACGUAAAAUGGCCGUUCCAUUGCAUACGCGAGCUUCGGCCUCCUCGUCUAAAAUUUCGCUUUAUGCUCCAUCCAUUUCUCUAUAGACUUACGUAUUCUCCAAUGAUUUGAAGUCAAUAAGCGCCAUCGAAAAUCGAAUGUCUUCGUUCGAACGGCAGCGUGAGGCAUAACCUCGAAUUGUCCUCUCAUCUAUUCUGUUUUAUCUAUGCAUGUCUCUUUCGGUUCAUCAUACGAAUCGGACUUGAACAUUAGUAAAUUCAGUUAGUCGGAUUUCAGAAAUUUGAUGUAUCAAAAAUUUGUAGAUUUAAGUAAGAUGGAUGAUCUAAUCACAGGUUUACUUGAAUUGGCCCGGGUAUAUUGAUAAGCCAUACCGCAACGUGUAUGUACUAAUAUAUUAUAAUUUCUUAAUUUUGUGUAUUAAAUGUACGUGAAUUCUGACUGUGACAUAAAUUACUAAUUAUUCCGAGGAACAUUUGCCAAUUAAAGGCUGAGAUCACAUACGAGAUUAACAGAAUGCUUCGGAUUCACGGCUGAAAUUGGGAAAUUCGUGCAGUCUAGUGGAAACCCAAUGAUGUAUUCUCGGUACAUAUCAAGGAUUGUACUGAGACAUGUUGGCUCUAAUUUUUCGUGUAUCAGUGCAAGAAGUUCUCUUUUUAACGAACAAUGUAGAAGUUAUGGAAAACUUGAGGGUUUUGGUAGAUGGAUUGGAAUGUGGUUCCAAGAACAGAGUACGCAGGUGGCCAGGGCAUGUACCAAACAAUUUGAGUUCAUUGCAGCGCAAAGGAUUAGGCGGAGCAUACAGAUCUUCCAUUUGUACACGAAACUGUGGGAUGAAGUAACGCUCAAAGAAUUUAUGAAAACUUGGAGACGUAGGCUUGGUAAAAAUACUAAAGAAUUUUUAAUUAGCGCAGUUGGAGUAACCAUGUAUAAUUGGGAUCAAGAGAGGAUAUCGGAUAAAGAAAUGUAUAGUUACAGUUCAGAAAUAGAGAAUAUAUAUAAGCUAAGAGAAUCUACAGUCAUUUGUACAGAUUGUCGAUUACGAUUAGUCGUUGAAAGUAUUCAGCCAGGAAUAAACUAUUGCCAAUGUCAUGGUUCAAAACCAGCAUAUGCAUCAGCAGAAAAUGGUGAAAAUUGGGAACCAUACAUCGAAAGGGAAGACAUGUUGAUUUGGCGAAGGGAAGAACCGAACUCGAGAGGAUUAUACUCAUAUAAAGUUCAUGCUUCAUAUCCUGAUGUGUCAGCUGAGGAAUUUCUGCAGGUGCAAAUUGACUUAAAAUACCGAAAAGAGUGGGAUACAACAGCUAAAGAAUUAGAAAUCAUUGACACGGAUCCAAUGUCAAACUGUGCAAAGGAUAAUUGUAGUAAUAUUAUUUACUGGGAAUUAAUUUGGCCCAGAAUGUUUGCAAAUCGAGAUUAUGUUUAUCAACGAAAAUGGAUCGUUGAUCAUGAUAAAGGAAUCAUAGUUAUUGUUAGUAAAGGAACAAAUCAUCCUAAGGCACCAAACAGAACAGAUACUUACAGAGUUACAACAUAUUGGUCAUAUAUGGUAAUAAAACCAUAUGACAAUUUUCAUGAGCCAGGCAUGGAAUUUGCAUUAACUUAUUUUGAUGAUCCUGGUGUUAGUAUUCCAUCGACAUUUGCUUCGUGGGUCACCGGCAGUGGUGUACCAGAUUUUCUAUGCCGUAUGAGGAAAGCAGCAGCAGAAUAUUCAAACUACAAGGCAAUUGAGGGAAAUCUGGUAUUACCUUCAGAAGAUGAUGUGAUUAUUGAUACCAAAGAUUCUUUGAAGAAUCGGAAUGCAUUCGAUAAUACAAAUGAAGACUCACAGGAAAAGGAGACAGAUGUUGAAAAGAACGAGGAGGAAAAUGGAAGUUCUGAAAAAGAUGAAAAUAGUGAAAAGGAUGAAAAUAGUAAACAGGAUGAAAAUAGUAAACAGGAUGAAAAUUGUAAACAGGAUGAAAAUUGUAAACAGGAUGAAAAUAGUAAAAAAGAAAGUAAUGAAGAAAAUGGUAAAACGGAGAACGAAAGUAAGAAAGAAAUGGAUAAAGUUGGUCAGGACGAUGAGACGAGUACAGCUGAAAAGGAGAAAGAUAGCCCAAAUGAUCCCGUUAUAGAGGAGGAUGAUGGUUUUCUUCAAUAUUUCUUUCUAUCGCGGCUGUUUGUUUGACCCUUAAUGGGGUCGCAUUGUGUCAAAGGAUUCAAACCGAUUGAUGUCAGAGCGAACUUAGUUUUCUAGUCCUUCACAAUGAUCAAUGAUUGCGUAUUAUAAAAGUUUCAGCCCUACAACAAAUGUGGCUGAAAAUGUAUUAAAACGUUCAUACUGAACGUAUAUUCUUCCGUGAUUCAGCUUUACAAAUCUGCGGAAAGAAUCUCCUUUUUAUCCUCUUUUACUUUUAACACGGAUUUAACGAUUACUUUGCAUCGGAUUCUUUACAUGUUGUAUCGAUCACCAUUUAGAUAUGGUAUACUGUGGUAUGAAAUGAUGUGACUAAAAUUCAAAUGUAGGUGGCACUAUUUCACGUCACAAAAUACGAUAUCUUAAAUUUUUAAGUAAGAAAUUCCAUUGAUUCAGAGAGUGCAAUAAUUUCUUGGUAUAUAGUGUCAUGGCAAUAUAGUCAGUAUAACUGAGAUGCAUACAAUCAAAAUUGUAAUAUAUGAAAGCCAAGUAAUAUUUUAAUUUGUACAGUGCAUAAAUAAUUUACUUGAUCUGAUAAUUGAUUGAUUCUGUACAAAAUAAUACACUGCCUUUUUCACUUUUAAUACACAUUGGCGCGAAUGUAUUUAUUUAAAACAAUAUGUUAAUCAUGACAUAUAAAUGUACAAACAGUUUGCGAGUCUAGAUUACUAUUAAACAUUAAAACAUUAAAGCAUUAUAAACAUCACAUAAGUUCGCUACAUAAUCACAAUGUAUUAUGCGAAUUUUAUGCCAAAACAAUUAAAAAAUGAGAGGAGUCAGCUAGAAAUAUAGUACUUACAGUAAUAGUACUGUGUAAAUAUAUAAAUACGAAGUUUUUGUGUAGUCAAAUAAAGAUAUUUAGAUAGGAA